CAUGCGCGGCGGCGGGCGGCGGCGCUGACAGGGAGCGAGGCGGCUGAGGUGCGCGCCCGGAUGGCGGCGUCCGGGGCGAGGAAGCCCAGCUCCCCGCGGGACUCGGAGGCCGAGGUCUGGUCCCGCCGGGUGAGGGAGCUGGUCAGCUCCGAGCCGGCCAGCCGCCUCUGCUUCGAGUGCGGCCAGCGAGGCGUCACCUACGUGGACAUCACCAUCGGCAGCUACGUCUGCACCGCCUGCUCGGGGGCGCUCCGUGGCCUGAACCCCCCUCACCGGGUCAAGUCGAUCUCCAUGACGACCUUCACGGAGAGCGAGGUGCAGUACCUCCAGACCCGUGGGAACGAGGCCUGUCGGAAGAUCUGGUUGGGCACCUUUGACUCGCGGACCUCUCUGCUGCCAGAUUCCCAGGACCCUCAGAAAGUGAAGGAGUUUCUGCAAGAGAAAUACGAGAAGAAGAGAUGGUACAUCUCUCCGGAGCAAGCCAAAAGCCUGCCCUCGCUGACAUCCCAAAGCUCCGCCGUGGAAGUGAAGACGCUGCUGGGAGACUCGGGGGCCAUGCCUACAGCAGCCAAGCCUAGCCAGAUUGCAGAUAGGAGCCAGCCGCAGGGCCCCCAGCCAGCCAAGAAAGCCAGUAUGGACCUCUUGGCCGACAUCGGGGGAGACCCCUUUGCUGCCCCUCAGCCUGGACCUGCCUUCACAACCUUCCCUGCUUUUGGGAGCCAGGUGCCAGCCCAGGCCGCCUUCACCAGUUUCGAUGCCUUUGGUGGAAGUCCUGCUGGAGUGACCUUUGGGGACGCAAUAGCCGCCAGCCACAGCCCUUUCCAGAGCCAGCCCAUGGCAGCGGGGAACAUGCCCCGUGGAACCCACAUGGGCGGUUUCCCCGCCUCCCCUGCUAGCCAACCAGGAGUGGGCAUUCCAGACAUGGGUGGGGCCUUCAGAGUGGGUGGAGUCCCAAGCAGUGUCUUUGGGGCCCUCAGCCAGUCACCUGUCCUGCCCCCACCCAGCCCAGCUACGGCCUACGGGGCUUGCACCAAUCCUUUCGCCACCUCUGCCGUUGCUCAGCCCACGCUGCCUUCCACCAACCCCUUCCAGACCAACGGCAUGGGCUCAGGCGCCUUCGUGGUGGGGUCUCCCAGCAGCUUCUCCACCUCCCCUCUCUCCAGCGUCUUCACCUCCCCACUGCAGCACCAGCAACCGUCUCUGUUCCAGACCCAAGCAAUGCUGAGUCAGCAGCAGAAUGGCGGGUCCCCGUUCAGUGGAUUUUCUGUUGCCAAAGCUGCACAGAGACCCCUUGGGCAGCCUGUUGGGAUCUCCACCAACCCUUUUGUGACCCCGAUGGCCUCCUCGCCUGCUGGCCCUUUCUCCCUGGCGAAACACCCCCCCACCAACCCUUUCUUAUAGCGCUGGCUAGACGACAGACCGCCGGAGACCCCCGACUCACCUUGAGUGUGUGUGUGUAUGUGUGUCAUAUAGGAGAGAGCGUUUCCGCCACUUGGGCACUUUACUCUUCCCGCCCCC